GUGAGUACCAACUUUGAAGCAUUAUAUCAAGAUUAAUCAUGGCUGGGAGGCUUUCUUUGUUUAUCGCCAUUUUCCUGGUCGCCAUUGUUGUCACCUCUUGCACCACGAAAUCCAAGCAGGACAAGACUUGGUGCGUGAUAAAACAAAUAGCGCCGGCUGAUAAGAUGCAAGCAUAUAUUGACUCGGCUUGCAAAGAGUACGACUGCAAGGAAAUCAGACAGGGCGGCUCAUGUUACGAGCCGAGAACGUUGGCCAAUCAUGCAUCUUAUGUCCUUAAUUUGGAUUAUAGAGCCACUGGUCGGUGCAACUCAGAUAUUGGUACCACAGCCAUAACAGAUCCUUCAUUUGGCACAUGUCAUUACCCAUGAGUUCGGCCACACUUGGGGAAGGCAGGAGAUUACUUGUGGAGCUAUUAGAGUGAAGGAAAAAUGGGAGAUAUGACAUUUUUAUCUAUAUCCACAUGUACCCUAAUUCGCAAAUGAAUAAAUACAUUAA